UGCUGUGUAGGGGGUGUUUUCCAGCUUUAAAAAGCCAGCAGACAGACUCAGCUCUGCGUCAGAGAGAGACUUGGAGACUUUACUUAACUCCCAGCUUAACACCAACACCGGGCACUCACUCCCUCCCUCACCCACACUGCCACACGUGCCAAUGCCAGAGCUGUCACCUGUCUGCAGGACUCCGCACGGCUCCUACCCUUCAGCUUGGAGGAUACCAGGGCACCGCCAGCAGCUCCGACCACCAAGUGGAUGCCACGCACUAGUGUAGCAGCUGCCGCUCCUUGCAGUCUUCCCCUCGGUCCGCUGCUGCCAGCCCGCGCCAGAGACACUGUGGAGUUCCAGCCCUUCUUCCCAUUCAUCAUGAAGUCGGCGGAGGAAGAAAACUAUAACUAUGCAUCUUCCAAUUUAAGUGCCAGCCUAUCACUGGGUGUGAUGAACUCUUCAUUAUCAACUUCAUGCCAUGGUGUUCAGUCAUCAAACCCAAUCAUUUCCAUUAUUCCAUCAGCAAGUAAUUUAUCUGGAUAUGGAGGGAAUCCUGAGAAUGAAGCCUCUGGAUACUACUUAUCUCCGAAUGUAAGACCUAAUGGAGCACCAUUAGAAAGUCCUAGAAUUGAAAUCACUUCUUGUCUGGGGAUUCAUAGUGGCAAUAACCAGUUUUUUCAUGAAGGUGAUGUGGAAGAAUCCAUACCUAAACGAACACUUUCUACCGCUACGUUGAACUUACCAAAUGUUGACACAUAUCGAGACCCUUCUUGCUUGAGUCCAGCAAGCAGUUUGUCUUCCAGAAGCUGUAACUCAGAAGCUUCCUCUUUUGAAUCAAAUUAUUCUUAUCCAUAUACUUCCCCUCAGACCUCUCCAUGGCAGUCACCUUGUGUGUCCCCCAAAACCACUGAGCCAGAUGAAAGCUAUCACAGAAAUAUGGUGGCCUGUAAUUUGGUAAAUUCACCAAGGCAUUCCCCAUCUACAUCUCCCAGGACAAGUAUUUCAGAGGAAAAUUGGCUCACUGCUCCAAACUCACGCCCUACAUCUCCAUUCAAAAGAAAGUAUAACAUUAAUGGAAGGCAGACCUCUUACUCGCCACACCACUCGCCUACUCUAUCUCCUCACAAUUCCCCCAGAGUUAGCAUCACCGAAGAGACCUGGCUAGGGAACACUCACCAGUAUACAAAUUCGGCUAUUGUGGCAGCUAUUAAUGCUCUUACCACUGACCCCAUAGAUAUGAAUGAUGGCAUUCCAAUUAAAUCCAGGAAAACAGCACUAGAUCACACCCCAACCAUGGCUCUAAAAACAGAGCCCAUUUGUGAUGACCAUGACACUCUGUCACUAGCCACUGAUUUGCCAUCAGAAGACUUCUAUCACAUCAGGAAAACGAUGUCUUGUGAUCAAUAUUUGUCAGUACCACAGCAUCCUUAUCACUGGGCCAAACCAAAGAACAUUUCCCCAACAUCCUAUAUGAGCCCCUCUCUGCCUGCCCUUGAUUGGCAUCUGCCGUCGCAAUCUGGACCUUAUGAACUUCGCAUUGAAGUGCAGCCCAAAUCUCAUCACAGAGCUCAUUAUGAGACGGAAGGAAGCCGUGGGGCGGUGAAGGCAUCUACUGGUGGACACCCCAUUGUGCAGCUACACGGGUAUUUAGAAAGCGAGCCACUUACCAUCCAGCUGUUCAUCGGCACGGCAGAUGAUCGCCUGCUGCGACCUCAUGCCUUCUAUCAAGUCCACCGCAUCACCGGCAAGACUGUAUCCACCACAAGCCAUGAAACCAUCAUCUCCAACACCAAAGUCUUGGAAAUCCCACUGUUGCCUGAGAACAGUAUGAAAGCCAUCAUUGAUUGCGCAGGUAUAUUAAAGCUGCGCAAUUCUGACAUUGAGUUGCGGAAGGGAGAGACUGACAUUGGCAGAAAGAACACCAGGGUGCGACUGGUGUUCCGUGUACACAUUCCACAAGCCAACGGGAGGACGCUGACUCUUCAAGCGGCAUCCAAUCCAAUUGAGUGUUCCCAGCGUUCUGCUCAAGAAUUGCCUUUGGUUGAGAAGCAGAGUAUUGACAGCUUCCCAGUGAGUGGUGGGAAGAAAAUGAUUGUGACUGGGCACAACUUCCAUCAAGAUUCCAAAGUCAUAUUUGUUGAGAAAGCACCAGAUGGUCAUCAUGUAUGGGAGAUGGAAGCCAAAACAGACAAGGAAAUGUUCAAGUCUAACUCACUAGUUGUGGAAAUCCCACCAUUUCGCAAUCAAAGAAUAUCCAGCCCAGUUCAAGUCAAUUUUUACGUCUGCAAUGGGAAGAGGAAACGAAGCCAGUACCAGCAAUUCACCUAUCUGCCAGCCAAUGGUAACAUAAUGACUCAUGAAAGUGUUUCUUAUAUAUCUGAAGCUGGGUGCUUGCAAUUUUGUUAAAGUGCUGAAAAGUCUGUUGUAAAACUGUGUUUAAGAAAGUCACAGCUCUGCAUUUUUUUUAACAACUCCUGGCGGAUGAGGGAAAGACGCAAUCUUGCUAGAAAGAACUGCUUGUUUUGUUCUGGCUAAUCUGCAAAGCAUACUACCUGACCUCCCCAUUUGCAAACAUCCUAUUUGGUGGCAAAAACACACAUUCAGUGAAGGUAGCUAAACCUUGAGGGC